CCGCAAAGACUGCUCAGCUAUCGCUCGUUCACUGCAGACGACUUAUUCACAAAUAUUUAUCUGAUCAAAAUACAGUGGCUGCAAUUUUAGCAACCACAAGCAAAUGGCUGUUUCAAAUAAUAAGACGAGAAAAAUUUUGGGAAGUGAAAGGAUGGAAGAAUCGUCUUGUCAAUCAAGAAAAUGGGAGAAUUUAGAUAUUGACUUGUUGAACAAAAUAUAUUCUUAUAUACCCAUUUCUGAAUUGUCAAGUAAUGUGUGUUCAGUGUGCAAAUCAUGGCAAUUAGGCUGCUGGGAGUUCUUGUUUUGGAGAAAAAAUAUGCUUGAUUUGAGUCUGGCCAUGCCUUUUAUUGGAAAUCUUGAUUCAGGAACUGAAAGAUCUCUGGUAAAUCGCGAUAUAAUUAGAGAAUGGUUUAUGCAUGUUGAUGUGAAAUUGAUGAAGCUAUUAAAGAGUUUAAUGAACGGUAAAGAUGCACAUGGAUUAUCUUUGGAAUACUGGAGAUCGUCUAUCAAGGAUAUUUUCAUUCCUAAAGAUCUUGAUAUUUCAGAUGAACUUCUUCUUUACUUAGCAGAGAGCACCAAUAACUUCUUUCCGUCAGCCUCCGUCACCAGCAGCGGCCGCCCAGUUCUCCUCCAAAACGAAGUCGAAUGCAAUCUCCUCUCCAACGUCGACCUCGAACCCGACGAUAACAGCAACCCCAAUUUCUUCCCUCCCUUAAAAUCCGGCCUCUUAAUCCUCACCACCCACCGCCUUCUCUGGCUCUCAUCCUCCGCCUCCGCCGCCGCCAACUCCAACUCCACCUCCACCGCCGCCGCCGUCCCGCUUUCCGCCAUUACCCACAUCCUCUCCUCCAAAAGAUCCAUUAAGUCCGUCUUCCAUUCCCCGCGCUUCCGCUUCCAAGUCUCCGUCACUGGCGACAACCGGGUCGGUGAACCUGGUCCGGAUUCGGUUCCGGGUCGGAAUACGGGUUCUAAGUCUGUGGUGAUCACGGCUGUUGUGAGGGGGAAGGGAGAUUGGGAGGUGUUUGUGGCGAAGUUGUGGGAGUGUUGGAAGGGGAGAGCGUGGGAAGUGACCAGUGAGAAAGUGGGUGGGACUGGGUCGGGUUUGAGUUCAAGUUCGAGUUCCGGGACGGGUCCAGGUCGAGGUGGGUUGUAUGGGAGUGAUGGGUCGGUGAGAAUGGUGGGCGUGGCGGGCAUAUUGAGGAGGGAACAGGAGAAGUGGGAGAGUACUGACAAGAGCAUGCAAGAAGCUUUUCAAGACUUGAAUGCUCUCAUGAGUAAAGCUAAAGAGAUGGUGAUGUUAGCAGAGAAGAUGAAGCAGAAACUUUUGUCUGGCUCGAAUUCUCAUACUGGUUCAACAAAUGAAGAGGAAGUGGGUUCUAAAGAAGAUAUGCAAGAAUUGUUAUUGAGUGUUGGUAUUAUAUCUCCAGUUACAAAAGAGUCAGCAGGUGCCUUGUAUCACCAACAAUUGUCCCGCCAGUUGGCAGAUUUUGUCAAAAUUCCGCUAGAGAGAGCUGGAGGAAUGAUCAAUCUCAUUGAUAUCUAUUGUCUCUUCAAUCGUGCUCGGGGCACAGCAUUGAUCUCACCAGACGAUUUGCUGCAAGCAUGUUCUCUUUGGGAGAAGUUUGAUGUUCCAGUAAUGCUUCGGAAGUUCGAUAGUGGAGUCAUGGUCAUCCAGAACAAGUCCCACAGUGAUGAGGAGGUUUUUGCUAGAAUCAAAGCCCUGGUGACGAAGCCUGAAGCCCUUCAAGCUGGAAUAAGUGCCAGUGAUGCUGCAAUGGCAUUAGGGAUUGCUCCAGCUAUGGCCAAGGAGCAUCUUCUAACUGCUGAGAGCAGAGGUCUUCUAUGCAGAGAUAUAAGUCCAGAUGGCUUUCACUUUUAUUUCAAUCUGUUUCCUGAAAUCGUUCUAGAUGACUUGUACUUAGUCAAAGAACAUGGGAUCUAUAGUACAUGGGUCAAAGUUGCAGCCGUUUCUGGGUAAGAGGUUGUGAUGAGUGCAUAGGCUCAAGAUUUUGGAACCACUCACUGACCAGAUGGAUGUGCCUGACUUCGAUGAUAAAAGAUAUUCUGAACUAGUGCACCGUUCAGGCUGACAUUUACUUCUUUGAGUCAUCUUUACAAGUUGCAAGUUUGAUUUCCUUGCUGUCUUGAAGAUGGUAAGGGACCAAGUCCAUAAUUUUAUUUGCAUCCUGUUCAUUGUAAGUUGUAACAUAGAAUAAAGUCAGGCUAUCAGUGGAGGAUGGAGCCAAUUUUAGCAUGCAUACAGGUGAUUGAUGACAGAUAUGUGGUUAAAUCCAUGUUUUUUUCUCCACAUGGUCAUUCUUUAAACGGAAAAGCAUUCUAUAUCUCUGGUGGUGUGGGCUGUGGCCAGUUUUGUUACCUUACUAUUUGUAAAACUGUAACUUUCGCAGAUUUAAAACAUGCCCAAAUAUCCAUCUUGUCUUCCAUUGCUCCUUUUGACAUUGCUUUGGAGGUCGCUAUAAGGAUGGGAAACUGUAAAUUCUGAUAAAAGUCAAUUACAGUCA